CUAGAGCCGCUGGUACUGGGGGAGUUGCAGCUCUCGUUGCAGCGCAACUCACCCACUCCUAGCGAGGGGCACGCGGUUUCUCUUCCUUCUCAACCGCAUCUUUCUUCUCACCCGCAUCUUAGCCGCAGUAAACGAACUAGCGGAGGCCAUCAGCCACUCAGCGGAAGUCCCGUAAAGGACUACGCUGACUCGGGUACCGAAUCAGGCGAUGAAGCGAGUAAGAAACAAGGCGAACUUUCAAGUUUUAUGCAAAGUUUAAGGUCAACCAUGGCCGAGAAAAAGAAGGAUGAGGUUGAUGUAGUUGGUGAUCGUGAAUCGGGUGAGUUCGGGGCUGAUUUCAUGCUCGAGGUGAACUCUGUGCUUGACAAACUCAAGAAUAAGUUAGCGAAGUCGAAGAGUCAAUCGUUUUUGGGUGAAGAAAACGUGCCAGACAGCGACGAGUUGGUGUCUCUGAUCGGCCGUCUGCAGAGUUCGCUAGGGGACGUUUUGGCAGAACAAGAUGGCGACGGUGAACAGCAGGAUAUUGGCGAUGCUCAGUUUGCAUCGACGGAAGCAAAUGAUAAAGAAGUUAGAGAUCAGGAAGAAAAUGGAGAAGAAAAAGAUGAUGUUGAUGUUGAUGAGAGUAGUGAUGAAGAAGUAGAGGGUAGAAAUAAUAUUGGUCUCGAUCUACAGCGCUCUGAGUCGGGUUUGUAUCAGUCAUCGUCAUUCGGUUCAUCAGCAGGUGGCAGUCCAGGAGUGGUGACGGCUGGUCUUCAGUUUUCCGUUGACUUGAACAAAGCUAAAGGCAAAGUAUUGGCUGUGGAUCAGACUCAACACGGACGCCGCAUUACCGACAGCGGCGUUGUUCUUUGUGAUGACGUUGUUGGGGAAGUUGAUCAGCGUCAGAACUGCCGUAGUGAGGCGCGUUCACUUCUCGGUAAGGCUAUUGGACGAUGCAAGUCACGGGAAGAGCUCGUCAAACAACUGGAGGACGAAUGCUCCGAAGUCGAAGGUCAGGUUAACAGUUCCGAGGAGCUGCUUGCCUUUGCCGAGUCUCCUGUUAACAUAAUGGAAAGAAAUGAUGAGGAGUUCCUGAAGAAAAAAGACCAAAAAGAUCUUCCUUGGAAAAUUAGGCUUGCAAAGAAAAAAUUGGAGCGAAAACCAGCUCAAGAUUCAAGCAUAAUUCUGAACAAACUCGUAGCGCCAUCGUCCCAUAUCUUGCAGCGGCAACAGUUGUUCAAGGAGGUUACGAACACGAGUCCCAAGCCUUACAAAGCUCCCUUCUUCAGCCAGUCGAUGUCACUUGGCAACGUGUCUCAGAUGAAGCAAACUUGGCAGUCUACGAUUCAAUCCAAUCAACCCAAGUACGUUGGUUUUUUCAACCGACCCGUCUACUCACGGUCCACUGAUGCCUUCAAGCCCCAGGCUUUAAAUAUCGCUAAGACUUUCUCUGCUGGAACCCUGAGCCCUCUAAGCCCCAUGAAGCCCAAGACUCCUGUCAGCGCUAUAAAUGACAGCGAAGACUCCGAUGACGACGAUGAAGGUGAAAUGUUUUCCUUCAAGUCAUCCCUGUCAGAAGGUCAAUUGUCCAGCAAGCAGAGAGUCAUGCCUGGGAAAACCAGCGAUCAAGAAUGCUAUCAAGUCACUCGUCCUUCCAAAGCUUCAAUGAAGGAAAAGCAGUAUGAAGAGAGUGCCAAAAUUUUCCCGGAAUCUGGAUUGACUAAUUUUUAUACAGCGUCACUGGAACCUUGUUCUGAUCAUCCAACUGAAGCAGAUCAUGCUCUGGUUUUGCGACGUCCCACAACCCUCGCUAUCAAGCCAACAGUGCCGGACUGCCGCCCUGAUGAAGAUGCACCUCCUUUGCCGCUUCGAGGGGAGUGUCCUUUGCCACCUCCUCGACCUGAACCCAUAACUGCGUCUAAGGGCUCAAAGCUUCCGUACGCCGAGCCCUCCAGCACCCUCAACUCCCUAAGCCGCUCCAAGUCAACCCCUAGUGCCAGCAAUCUCGCUGCGGGAGACAAUGGCUCCACUGACAUGUCGCAGGGAACUAUAAAAACCAAAGAGGUCAAAGAAACUACAGAGACAGCUCGUGUGAACACCGUCAGUCAAAUUCAGAGUCAGCUUGAGGGUAGGAUGUCAGAAAAAUCAUCUUCUCGUAGUAUUUCUCCUCAUGGACAGAAAUUUAAAUGCACAGGUAAGAGUAGCAUCGCUGACUUCGUGAAGAAGAUGGACAGCCAAGUGCAGGAGAGAAGCAAGAGGUCUCGCCCUAAGUCCGCCAUCUGGAGCGACUCGAUGACUCGUUCCGACUCAUCAGCACAAGACUGGAGGAAGGAACUCAUCACACCUGGGCUUGCUGCACAAAUCCCCGUCGAUGACAAACCGACAGCUGUCAAAUCUGACGCUCUCAAAGUCGCUAUCAAGAAAGCGGCUUUGAAAAAACAAACGAGUGAAAACGCCGAAAGUACUCGACUCGCUGAUGCAUCUACCAAGCCCCAAAUAAGACGUCUUCACACCGUGAGUGGGGCACAAAAUCAAGACACGGUCUUCCAUGCUCCAGUUGAAGGCAAGACUUUCCACUCACUAGCUCCGCUGAGGCUGGAAACGGGAGAUGGCGCUGUCCCGACACAGGAAGUUCAAGAAUCCAACAAUGGUCACAGUGAGGACAGCACUCCGAGUCUCGAGCUGCAGGAAGAACCUCUGCCUGUGUUCGGGUACAUGCCCGCUGAGGACGAGUUGCAGCGGCUGGCUCAGGAAGAACAGCUACAUGGUUUGGAACAGCAAAAAAUUGAAGAAUUUAAGCAACUGGAAAGAGCGGUGAUCAACAAGCAACAACAGUUGCAACAACAGCAGGAACUUGAAAAACAAAAAAUUAAAAAGCAGAAAGAGCUGCAAUGGAAAGAACUAGAAAAACAAGCCGCAUUAAGAAAACAAGAAGAGUUGAAACUGGAAGAAGUCAGGAAACUUGAGCAGAAGCAACAAGAAGAAGCAAUGAAGCAAGAAAAUGCUCGAAAAGAAGCUGAGCAGAAAAUGCUGGCUGAAGCGAAAAGACAGGAGAAAGCGAAAAAGCUGGAAGAGAUUAAGAAACAGGAAGAAGCGAAAAAGCUGGAAGAGAUAAAGAAAGCGGAAGAAGCGAAAAAGCUGCAAGAGAUUAAGAAACAGGAAGAAGCGAAAAAGCUGCAAGAGAUUAAGAAACAGGAAGAAGCGAAAAAGCUGGAAGAGAUAAAGAAACAGGAAGAAGCGAAAAAGCUGGAAGAGAUUAAAAAACAGGAAGAAGCGAAAAAGCUGCAAGAGAUUAAGAAACAGGAAGAAGCGAAAAAGCUGGAAGAGAUUAAGAAACAGGAAGAAGCGAAAAAGCUGGAAGAGAUUAAAAAACAGGAAGAAGCGAAAAAGCUGGAAGAGAUAAAGAAACAGGAAGAAUUAAAGAAGCUAGAAGAGGCUAAGAGGCAGGCUAAACGUGCCGAAGCAAAAAAACGGGCAGAAGAAAAAGCAAAGGAUGAAGCUAAAAUACGUGAAAAAGCAGAGAAAGAAGAACAAACAAAGAAAAAUGCUGAACAGAAGCAAAAGGAGCAAACUAAUACAGACAUGAAGCUACUGGAACUGAAACAAGAGACCAAAUCAAAAGAACAAGAGAAAAAUACUAUAGUGGAGGACCGAAAUUUAUUGAAGCGGCAAGAGAACUUGAAACAUCAACAGAAGCAGGAGCAUCAGCAAAAAUACCCACAGUCACGGAUGACGCAGCACAAACAUCAACAAGAGCAGCAAUAUUCAGAUUCAUCACAAGAAAAAUCAACAACAACAAACGAGUCGCGGUCGCCGCCCGCGGCAGAUCAAAAAGCCGUUGUUUCUUGCUCUGCGUCAUUUUCUGGUGAUUCUUGUGAUGAACAAAGCACCUGGCAGUGCAGUAUGCCCACGGAGUCACAAAAACAUGAGCACUCGGUGCCAGCUGGCAGCAGCCAACUUGUACAGCGUGCUGAGUCUGCUGCACAAGAAAGCACCUUUAGUAGUACUCCUGUUACGUCGCCGAUAGCACAUAGCUACACCUCUGAUAAUGAGGAGAAAAUGUGGCGUCCUGUGAGUGCCCCCUUCAAGGAAAGGCCUCCUCUGAGUACUCUUCGUCAGAAUAGCGUUGAGGCGGCAAGUUUGGUCAGUUCUCUUGUAAACCGCCAGCAAUCACGAGAAGACCUCGUAAGACGAGCUAGUCUUUCCAGUUCUGAAAGAAACGGCAGUCAGAGUUCCAUUGGUACCUUUGUAAAUGCUCAAGAUGAUGGAUAUUUUGGCGAUUAUGAGACUGAAAUUAAUGACGAUGACGUUUUUGUUGGUGAUUCUCGACAAGUAUCUGGAACUGCUGCGUCCGCAGCCAAGAACUUCCAGCUUCCUUUUAGUAAUGUUGAACAGCAAUCAAGUGCCGUAAGCUCUGCUCCUGUUUGGAGUAGAACGAUAAAAUCAAUAUCAAAUGUAGUGCCUGCCCCCGAAGACCCUAAGCCCAUCCCUGUGACGAAAAAAGUGGAGACCGUCAAGACUUUCCGCCAGCGCCACGCAUCAUUGGAUGGGAGAUCCUCUGCCGCAAGUCGUACUGCAUUUAGUAAAUGUGCGUCGCAAAGUCCUGAGCUGCCUCGCAAGGUGAUGUCGUUUGGUCCAGUGGCCUUCGCUCCACAAGUAACUCAGAGUUCGUCUAAGGCAGCUGCAGAGAUUUCGAGCGAACGUCAUCCUCGCAGUCAGUUCAAAAAAUCCUUUGAAAAUGUCCCUCCUCCAAAUGCAGCCAUCCAUCAACCUAUCAAGACCAAAAGUGCCUCUGUGUCAGAAGUUCAAGGCAAAAUAAAGGCUUUUACGCCCGCUUCUAAUACUGUCUCUGCCUGCCCUAAACCUCCUCUGAAAGUUUCUGCUCAGAAGUGGCAGAGCGCAGAAUCUGUGAGCUCCACGAAAGUUUCCGGCUUCGUAGUCCCGCCUCUACCCACCACUGAAAUGCGGCAGCAGCAGCUCAAAGAACAACAAAUGGAAGCUAUGAUGAGGAACAGAUCCAAGUGGGGCACCGUGGCAGCACCCAAUCGGCUGAUGGGAUCUGGAGUGUCAGUGGCGCCUGACUCUCAUGCCGCGCACUUCCAGCCCCCUUCUGUAUCGCGGUGGGGCAGCGCGCCAGACAACACCGUGUGUCCUCAACUUCCUACUCAAGCUGACCGCUUCAAUAAAGUUGCAUCUGCAUCCAACAGCCGUCAUUCUUCGAUGAGCUCCUUGCCGUCCUCAGGCACCGCCACCCCACCUAAUCAACUGAGAACUUCGGCGUUCGGUGCAGGCGGUCAUUCUUCGCAAGUUACGACCUUCUCCUCCACCACCACCACGUCAACGCACGUCAAUAAAGGUGUGUCACCUUUCAACAAGUUCCAGCAGCUGGACGCCCAGCAGCACACCACACGCCGGGCUAGCGGGGCAGGUGGAGGCGGUGGGCCGCUGUUCGCGCUGUCAUCAAGUCUUAAGAGCAGCGCCAACAGCAUCAAGGAGGUGCUGCUGCAGUGGUGCCAGUGCCGCACACGCGGCUAUCAGGGAGUGAAAAUCGAGAACUUCAGCACGAGCUGGAACGACGGGCUGGCUUUCUGCGCGCUCAUCCACCACUUCUACCCCGACGCCUUCGACUUCGACAAGCUGGACCCUAAGAACCGUCGUCAGAACUUCGACCUGGCCUUCAGAACUGCAGAUGAGCGGGCUGGAGUGAUGGCGCUGCUGGACGUCGAUGACAUGGUCAUGAUGAAGAAACCUGACUGGAAAUGUGUCUUCACUUACAUACAAAGUCUUUACAAACGCCUCAAGGAUGAAUAAAUGCUCAAAUCUUUUAAACUAACCCUUGCAAACCACAAAAUAUUAGACAAUAUAACAGCAUCAUUUUCCUUUAAAGAUACGUAGAGGUAAUUUUAUAUACGAGUGCCAUUGCAAUUUUCAAUAAACAUAUGAUAUUAAAUUAUUUUAGCCGCAGUUUAUCA